UUUGGGAUCAAAUUUGACAGAUCUACAAGUGGGAUAUCUAAAAAUUUUGUCUAUGGCGAGAAGAGCAAUUUGCAGAACGUUGUGUUUUGUCACCCAAAAGUGAAGUUAAAAAUAUAAAAAAAAGUUAUACCAUUAACCAAGAGAAAUGGCAUCUGUAAUUCGUGCAGGCAUUGCUCGUCUCGGAUGCCCUGGAUCAUCCAACAACCUGCUCAGCAUCACCGUCUUUCCAGCCCUCUCCCAAUCAUGCGGCAUUUCCAGCAAAUCAAUGCGCGGUGGACCCCGCAUUCCCAAAGCAAAACCAUGGCCAUACCAAGAAAAGAACUACGGAGUCUUUCAGGCUAUGUACGACAAAACUAGCCAUCGCAUGGAUGAAAAUUCCAAACUUAUCCUAAUCGAAGGCCCAGUAGCGGCUGGCAAAUCAAAACUAGCCAAAGAAAUCGCUGCCGAAUUGGACAUGUUGUAUGUUCCACCUGCCAAUAUGGAUAGUGUAUUUAUAAAUGAUUAUGGUUUUGAUUUGCGAAAGUUGGACGAUCAACUGCCUGAGAUGUGCCGCAGUUUUGAUGAGAAGAACUUCUUGCGCAAUCCCAAUCAUCCAUUGGCGGCACAAUUCCAGAUCCGCAUGUAUAUGUUGCGUUAUUCGCAAUACAUUGAUGCACUCGCUCAUAUUUUAUCGACUGGGCAAGGUGUUGUAUUGGAUCGCAGUGUCUAUUCUGAUUUUGUUUUCGCAGAGGCCAUGCACAAGAAUGGCUAUUUGUCGAAGGGAGCACACAGCGUGUAUCACGAAAUCAAGCAAAACACCAUCAAUGAGUUGAUGAGGCCUCAUUUAGUCAUUUAUUUGGAUUGUCCCGUCGAUGUUGUUAAGAAACGCAUCAAGGCACGCAACCUUGACUACGAAGUCAAUUCGAAAGUCUUUACAGAUUCAUAUCUAGCUGACAUGGAAAUGUUCUACAAACAGCAUUUCCUUAAAGACAUCAGUACUCAUGCUGAGAUUCUUAUUUACGAUUGGACAGCAGAAGGUGAGACCGAAGUAGUGGUCGAGGAUAUCGAACGUGUUGAUUUUGAUGUGUUUGAGGAGUACUUCUUUAAUAAGAAAAUGAAGGAUUGGCGAUUCCCAUUGGAGACAGAAUGGUGCGAGGCUAGAAUAAAGUAUUGCAGUGAUAAGCAUACUUUGAUGAACUACUUUAAUGUACCUCGAUUCGACGUUCCAGAACUUUUGCGUGAUCCAGAGGGUGGCAAGAAAUGGCGUGAUGUGUGGUUGAAUGCCCCUGGAAUGAAAUAUUCGAAAGGAUAUAAUGCCGAUAUGGGUGACAAGGACCUACUGACUAAGAAUGGAGCUCCUUUGCGCGAAGGUGGUAUCUAUUGAGUGAAAACAAAAGAAAAUCGUUUGUCAAAACUACAACAAUUGACGCAAACAACCGCAAUCAAUAUGUUAUGUAGAUUUUAUUAUUGUAAUGGAUAUUCUGUGAAUCAUUAAUAAAUCUGCAUUUUUUUUUGUUUAAAACCAUA